GAGAAAAAAAAAUCUUGAGUCCCGAUGGAGGCAGCCAUGUAUAAUUGCUGUACUUCUUGAAGUCCUGUAUCUAUUUUAAACUGUAUCUCCUGAAUGGGAGUGCACCGGCUCCUCCUCACGCUGCCUCCUGACAUUGAAUUCCCUCUCAGGCCCUUGUCUUAGACAGGUCCAUCAUGUCUGUGUUGUAGCUGUAUAGUGGCAGGCAGUCCAGUGACCCAUAUCUAGUUUCAGAGGCACACUGACCCACAAUAGUGAAGAGAGGAGUCCCCAGAAAUGCCGGUGAGCCGUCCCGCAGAGUCUGACCAAACAGUAAAAUUACAUAAGACACCACACAACAGAAAACAUGCAGUUUUUUUGAAUGUAGCUUGUACUGCAAUGAUACAGAUCAACAUAAGUCAACCUCGUCAGCUAAUCACGACUAAAUUCAAAAGGCUGAAAUACUUCUGUUAAGCUAACGAUACAGGCUUGUUUAAUGUCUCUGCGUUUGCACCUUACAACAAACAUUAACUCACACUUUAUGUGAAAUAAGUUUCUGCAUUUGUACACUUUCAACUCGCAGCCAAUGCAACAUGUACAUGAUACAAAAGGGGAAAAAAGUGGAAAAUUCCCUCUUCAAAAUGGAAAUGAUUUAGCUGACCUCAUUAUGAUCUAAUUUGGGCCAUAUUACCAUGUUCAUUUACAUUGACUGGAACCUGGAAAUGAUUUCUAUUUCUGAAACGUUCCAUCAUUUUCUUUACAGUUUAAAGCUCACAAAAGAAGCCACCGAGAGCAUGAAUUGCUCUGAGACUCAAACACCCCUGUGAAUUCGAGGGUGAGGACCAUAUUAUCAGGAGACUUGAAACCUUCCUCUGGGCACAUUUUUACUAAUUAAAAUAAAAAUAGCACGCCACAGGGUAUGGUUAAACGCUUAAAUUAGGUUGGUAUAGGCGUAAAGGGUACUGACAGAAUACACCAUUUUUUAAUAAUCAGCCUGAAUAUAGACUUAAGCAGGCAUGGUUAAAACAAAGUUUAAGUUGCAAAAUGGCCGUCCAGUUAGGCACUGCGCAUUUAAAGGCACUAGAUUGAGUUUGUUGUUGUAAAGUGAGUGAAGAUACUAAAAAAAUUGCCACAUCAGGGUGAAAAAGAAGCAGCUGCACAAAAAAAAACUAUUGCCGUAUUUAAAUAGAACAGUGAAUCAUCAAGAUUUUCUCAUUUAUAUGGGGCAAAGGUGGGCGUACAAGCCCCGCCCAGGGGUGUUGGCUUAUGAGGUGUGACACACUUGAGCUGGAUACAAACUAGAGCUGGCUGACAGGGUCCGUCAGUGUUCGUCACAUCAGCGGACAGGACACAUUUGAUUUCACUUUCUGUCAGGCUGUAGGACAGUCAGUCAGGAAUGACGCACCAGUUCACCACACUCUCCGAGGCGCAGAAGAGGGAGCUACAUGAGACCGCUCUACGCAUAGUUUCUCCUGGGAAGGGCAUCCUGGCUGCUGAUGAGUCUGUGGGCAGCAUGGCUAAGCGGCUGGCCCAGGUCGGGGUGGAGAACACAGAGGAGAACCGCAGACAGUACCGGCAGAUUCUCUUCAGUGCAGACGAUCGCAUCAACAGCUGCAUCGGAGGGGUCAUCUUCUUCCACGAGACGCUGUACCAGCACUCUGAUAACGGAGUACCCUUUGUCAAAAUGAUCAGGGACAGGGGAAUCCUGGUCGGCGUCAAGGUUGACAAGGGUGUUGUCCCCCUGGCAGGAACAUGUGGAGAGACCACCACACAGGGGCUGGAUGGAUUGUCAGAGCGCUGCGCACAGUAUAAAAAGGAUGGAGCCAUCUUUGCAAAGUGGCGCUGCGUGCUCAAAAUCAGUGAGACCAAUCCAUCCAGACUGGCUAUCACAGAAAAUGCUAAUGUUCUUGCACGCUACUCUAGUAUCUGCCAGCAGCAUGGUAUUGUGCCCAUCAUAGAGCCGGAGAUUUUGCCUGACGGAGAUCACGACCUGAAACGCUGCCAGUACGUCACUGAGAAGGUGCUGGCUGCAGUGUACAAAGCCAUGUCGGACCACCACGUGUACCUGGAGGGCAGUCUCCUCAAACCCAACAUGGUGACCCCUGGACACAGCUGUCCCACUAAGUACAGCCCAGAGGAGGUUGCUAUGGCGACUCUCACCGCCUUGCGCCGCACCGUUCCCCCGGCGGUCACAGGAGUGGCUUUUCUCUCAGGCGGUCAGAGUGAGGAGGAGGCCUCUGUCCACCUCAAUGCCAUCAACAACUGCCCUCUGGCCAAACCCUGGGUCCUGACGUUCUCCUUUGGACGAGCCCUGCAGGCGUCUGCGCUCAGAGCCUGGAGAGGACAUAAAGAGAACGAGAAAGUCGCCACUGAGCAGUUUAUCAAGAGAGCAGAGGCGAACAGUCUGGCUUGUCAGGGGAAGUACACUGGUGGUGAUAACUACGGUGAUGCCAACCAGCGCACUUAUGGAUCCUGUCAUGCAUACUGAAUAGCAUGACAAGCCAUAUUUCAUUUAGCAUUAUGUUCUUUCAUCACCAUAACAAGACAAUUUGGAAAUGAAUUGUAAUUGUAAUGAUACUAGGUACAGUAUUUCAGAAUACUAACACUCAUGAUGAUGUUACAUGAAAACAAAUGACAGUGUGUUUUCUUGCCUUGACAACAACAGGACAAUCAGAACAUGGCCUUGGAUAUUUCUAAUGCAUGUAUUGAAUGAAAGAUGUUUUUGUUAAAUGUGUGCACUAUGCUCUUAAAUGUGACAGCGCCAUAACUGAAGCUUUAAAAUCCUGCAUUUACAAACUAACUUGCCAUGUGCAGUAAGCAAAUUGAACCUUGGCUGCAGAACAAUGAUAUUAGUUUGUAUGGCUGAAUUUCUGAAGUAGAAUCCCCCAAAUAUUAUGUGGAAGUAUAUUCAAGGUGUGCAAAGCUUCUCUGUGCGUGUGAGCGUGUGGAUUUAGUUUUGCUAUUUAUUUAGCAGUGACCAUGCACAAUUAGAAAUAUUGCACCAGAAUUAGCCUCAAGCUAAUUUUCACCUGCAGUCCCUGGGCAAAAAAGUACACUCAGCACAACGAUAAAAUACAACUCAGUGUGAUUUUAUGUGCACUAACAUUCUCAAGAGUAUUCUCUGUGUCUUAAAGUCUUAAUAAACAUAGUUCAAAUGUAAGCAUUCAAGCAAUAAAACAGUGUUCAGGUAAAA